AGAUCCCUAGGACCAUAGCAAAACUUAGAUAUCUGUAAAGUUUUUGGAGCUUACCAGAUAAUGUUUUCUGGGAAUAUUCUGGAUGUCUUUGGCAAUUUUUCUCAACUUUCUGAUCUCAAGAUAGGAAUUAACCAAUUUUCUGGGAAAAUCCCACCUAGUCUAGGGGAAUGUCAAGUUGUCAACAGCUCAAGACCUUGGACCUACCUGAGAACAGGCUUACUGGAAGCAUACCAACAAAAAUAUUCAGGAGGAAGAAAAACAAGGAGAACAAAAGCAAUAUAGCUUCUCCUUUGAAGGGUUUUCCUUUGAUCAUAUCUUACUCUAAUAUCCACCAUGCUACAAGCAACUUUUCAGCUGAAAAUUUGAUUGGAAAAGGAGAAUGUGAAGCCUUGAGAAAUAUCAGAUAUAGAAAUGUUGUCAAGGUCAUUACCUCAUGGUUGAGCAUCGAUCACAAGGGAGAUGAAUUCAAAGCACCAAUUGUGAAGUUCAUGCCCAAUGGAAACACGGAUAGAUAUGCUUCUGCAAUGGAUUAUCUGCACAAUGACUGCAAUCCACCAGUAGUACAUUGUGACUUGAAACCUGAAAACGGCAAAAGCAUCACAAUCGGACUGAAAAGUUCAAUUGGUUCAACUGCUCCAGAGUAUGGUCUAGGAGGCAAAGCAUCAACGAGUGGAGAUGUGCACAGUUUUGGGAUCCUUCUACUUGAGAUAUUCAUUGCAAAGAAACCAACAGAUGCGAUGUUUAAAGAAGGAUCAAACCUCAAUGAAUUUGCAUUUGCAACGACUCUUGACGGCCAAGCUUUGAACCACAUUAUUGAUCCCAGGCUGCUUAAGAACAUUACCGAUGGAAGUCCAAUGCAAAGCUUGGGCAUUACUUCCUCUAGCAGCAGCAGCAAUAGCAAUCGUACUAGCCACAGUUGUAGGAUGGAAAAAUAUAAAGAGAGUUUAGGAGCAGUAAUAAGAGCUGGUUUGGCUUAUGCGCGCAGCUCAAAAUGCAAGAGAUCGUUUAUCCAUCAGAGAGGCCCUGGCGAAGUUACUACAGAUUAAGAAAUCUUUGCUCCGCUCUUGAAAAUGGGCAGGCAGCAAUGGUGUGUGUAGUCACAGUUGUCCAAUCAGGGUCAUGGGUAGUUUGAACUACACUAAUCUAUAUUUCUAGAUAUCAAGUUGCGAUAACAUGAUGUAAUGUUAUUUUUAUAUCUAGCAGAAGUUAUAUUAGGCUUAGUUUUCUAUUUCUAUUAGGAUUUGAUUAGUUUUCUGUUUCCUUUAAGAUAAAUAUCUAGCGUUAAA